UUUCGAGAAUUAUUUUUUGUGCGGAUAUAAUUGUGAUUGACCAAAGUGCCCCUGUCCGAAAUUUAUUACGUUUUCCGAAAGGAUCAACUGGAAAACCCUAUUAAAAGGUAAGCCCUGAGUCCGCGAAAGAUUUGAAGUUCUGAGACAUCUCCAACAUGUCGAAUCAAGCUGCUCCAUUGAUAGCGGGACUUGCAGUAGCUGCUGCAGCUUAUGCUGGUAGAUAUGGCAUCAAGGCAUGGCAGGCAUUCAAGGCAAGACCACCAACUGCUAGAAUGAGGAAAUUUUACGAAGGUGGAUUUCAGCCUGUUAUGACGAGAAGAGAAGCUGCUCUAAUACUCGGAGUCAGAGAAAGCAUUCCAGCAGAAAAGGUUAAAGAAGCACAUCGGAGGGUGAUGGUUGCAAACCAUCCAGAUGCCGGUGGUAGCCAUUACCUCGCAUCUAAAAUUAAUGAAGCAAAAGAUAUGAUGCUCAGGAGAACGAAGGGCAGCAGUUCUGCUUUUUAACGGGAUUGGCCUCCCUCUCCUAUCUCUGCAAAUCAUAUCUAGAAGCUCAGGGUGUGGGUUUCAAAAGCUAAAUGCUGCAGAUAAGCCGUGGACUUUGGAGAUCAUCCACGAAUGAUUCUUUUAGACCCAAACCGUAUGGUGUUUGGAAAAUUUUGAUUUUCUAUUAUUUAUCUGUUAUAAUGUGAGGGAAAUUUAUUGUAAUAUGGCUUGGAUUUCUUCAGCAAGUGUAACAUUAUUCUAUUGAUAGCAACACUCGACCUGAAAUCUCCAAUUGUUUACUAA